UGUGUGUGUAAUUGUAAUAAACGAAACAUAAAAAGAGUACCAAACACACAGCAACGCGAGUUCUUGUUAAGUCAAGAAUCAAGAAUCAAGAAUCAAGAUUUAGAAACAUUGAGAGAGGACAGAAGCAAUUGAAGAUGAUAAAGGGUGUGAUCUUGAUGAACGAUAAGGGAAAGCCUCGUCUUGCUAAAUUCUACGAUUAUCAUCCCGCAGAAAAGCAGCAAGAGCUGAUUCGAAAACUAUAUGGAGUUUUAUCCAGUAGAGCAGAGAAUGUAAGCAACUUCGUCAAGGUUGACUCCCUCUUUGGACCAGAUGCUCGACUUGUGUACAAGACUUAUGCCACACUACAUAUUUUAUUCAUAUUUGACAGCUCGGAGAAUGAACUUGCAAUGCUUGAUCUCAUGCAAGUUUUUGUGGAGACAAUGGACAAGUGUUUUAGCAAUGUACGUGAACUUGAUAUAGUAUUCAAUUUCAAUAAGGUGCAUGCUAUAUUAGAUGAGAUCAUUUUGGGAGGUCAAGUUCUUGAAACAAGUUCCUCAGAAGUGGUGAAGGCUGUUGAAGAAAUUUAUAAGAUGGAAAGAGCUGCAAAUUCAAUCAUGGCCGUUCCAUCAAUAACUAGCUGGCAAGGUCGAUAGCACAUGUUGACUUUGGUAAGUUCUGUAGGACAAUUCAGAUAAUCUGUCAAGGGGUAAUGAUUAAACAGUGCUACCAAAUUUGGUUUCAAGUGGUGCUGGCAAUGAUCAAUGAACUGGGCACUGUAUUUGUCAACCAAGUUGUCGAACUAUUACUUUUUGGUGCUCUGCACCAGAGUUUCGGAGAGCUACAGCGCUUGCAAGUGAACUAUUUGACUUUUCUCUACAGAGUUGUGACGUUCCAAAUUUUAUCCCAUUUGGAGGAAAAAAGGAAAAUAUAAGUUACUUGAAGUGAUUAUAAGAAAGUUUAUGAGUGCUUCUUCAUUUUGAUAUUUCCUUUCAACUUUAACUGCAAGCUUUCGGCAUAUCAAAAGCUGCAAAUAUACAUGAUAAUGAGACUCUAGGGACAUGUGCACUUCGUCAUAUUAUUAUUGCAUAGAUGAUUUUGAGUUAUUAAUCAAUUUGGAAGUCCUUUUUUUACUU